UUCCAGUAGGCAAAAAGGCUGCGCGAGCCGCUAAUGCUACUUCCUGAUUUCGCAGCAACAGAUGAAAAGGGCUUCUUCUUGGGGGCAGGAGCCGACUAACCUCGAAGCGUAUCGUUUUGCUCCGAUAACCACAAGAAAAGCUUCGGGGUUUAACUCCAGCGUCGGCUCGCGUUGAGGAGUGUCGCCGCGAUGGUGGAGACUCCAGCCGGCUGCCUGUUUGAAGACAUCCAGUAUGAAGACAUCCAAGUUGAAGCGGCUGUUGGCAGAGGGACAUUUGGAGUCGUCUUUAAGGCCGUGUGGAAAGGAAAGGACGUAGCAAUCAAGACCAUUGAGAGUGAGAAUGAAAGGAACGCUUUCCUUGUUGAGCUCCGCCAGCUCUCCAGGGUCAAUCACCCCAACAUUGUUAAGCUGUAUGGCUCCUGUGACAAUCCAGUCUGUCUGGUCAUGGAGUAUGCAGAAUGUGGAUCUUUAUAUAACUUGUUGCACAGUGCAGACCCACAGCCCCACUACACAGCAUCCCAUGCCAUGAGCUGGUGUCUGCAGUGCGCACAGGGAGUAGCCUAUCUGCACUCUAUGAAGCCAAAGGCCUUAAUUCACCGGGACCUUAAACCACCAAAUCUGCUGCUCGUGGCCCGUGGUACCGUGCUGAAGAUAUGUGACUUCGGAACAGCUUGUGAUAUUCAGACGUACAUGACCAACAAUAAAGGCAGUGCAGCCUGGAUGGCACCAGAGGUGUUUGAAGGCAGCAACUACAGUGAAAAGUGCGACGUGUUCAGUUGGGGCAUCAUCCUGUGGGAGGUCAUCACACGCAAGAAACCCUUUGAUGAGAUCGGAGGCUCUGCGUUUUGUAUAAUGUGGGCCGUCCACAGAGGUACAAGGCCUCCUCUCAUCAAAGACCUUCCAGAGCCCAUAGAGACUCUGAUGACUCGCUGCUGGGACAAAGAACCUAGCCAGAGACCGUCAAUGGAGGAAGUCAAGAACACCAUGAGCAAUCUGAUGAAGUACUUUCCAGGCUCUGAUGAACCACUCAAGCUCCCUCACCAGUCUUCAGCCACAAGCUCAGGCUCGUACGCUGACUAUACCAUCAACAGUAACAAAAGUGACGACAACGCAGAGCUCAGGAACUCAGUGGGCAGAGAAGAAACUCUAAAAAGCUUUGAGGCCAAAUUUCCACUACAGUUCAAACCCUCAAAGACAGCCACAUUGCGUACUGGUCUGUCCAGGGUUUCCAGUGUAGACAGUCAACCAGGACGCUCCCAAAGCCCCACCCACUGCACCAGCCCUAUAACCACCACCGGUCAGUCAGAGCUGAGGAUGACGAUUAGUCCCACAGCUACCAAUGGUUUAGACAGCUCCAUUCCCAUGGCCUACCUGAAACUGGAUCACAAGUUACAGCCUCUGGCUCCGUGUCCAAACUCCAAAGAGUCCAUGGCCGUGUUUGAGCAGCACAUCAGGAUGGCUCAGGAGUAUCUCAAAGUCCAGUCAGAGAUCGCUCACCUUGUUCGGAGGAAGCAGGAGCUGAUGUCUGAGCUGGAGCAGGACCAGAGGGAGCAGCAGACGUCAUCCAGACUCAUCCAGGAGCACAGCAAGCUGCUGGAGGACAACAGCAACCUGUCGGCACACUGCCAGGGCCUGAGGAGCAAACUGAGCCUGAUCAAGAGCCAGAACCAGCACCACAGCUAGGACAGGGGGCUGGGCCACAGCGCGUAGUCCACCUCUUUUUACUCGGUUCUCUCCCAGACUGCCUUUUCCUCUGAAGGAUAAGAGGAAUCACUCUAUGAACUGACUUUAAAGUAGGGAAGCCUGUUAUCCUGAGAAAAUAUAUUUAACUCACUACAAAACAAUGUAUCAAGAUAAUGUUAGAAUUCCAGUUUGGGAUUGCAGGCUUUAAAGUCCAACUGAAAUAUAAACUAUAAUGAUAAGGCAGCUAUCAAAACUGUUUUUGGAUACACUUUUGUGGAAAGCAUAAAUGUGUAACAAGUGAGAGCUGGUGCUAAAGGUAAGUGGUUAAAGGAAAACUCUGGUGUUUUUCAACCUGGGUCUCAUUCUCAGAAUCGACCUUUUGAGCUCCAACAGUUGAGUAAGCCUCGGUCGGAACCUCGGUCAGCUGUCUCCCUGCCUGUACUCAGAUAUGCUAUGUGCUAGGCUAAUCUGUGAUGAAAGAAAGAUGAAGGUGACAUCCGUAUAGUCACAUCUUAAGUUAGCUGAUGUUAGCAAAACGCUAGCUAACUAGCUAGCUAAUGAUCGUUAGUUAGCUUGUGUUUGCUAACAUGAACUUUUAUCUUUUAGCCAUCUUAAAAUGUGGUUAGCUUAGCAUAUUGAAGUACAGGAACAACGAAGCUGGCCGAGGUUCUGGCUGAUGCUUGCUCAGCUGUUAUUGGAGCUCAAAGCAGAAAGGGGCGGGACUUAGGAAGGGUCAGUUGUGUGCAAUCUCAGCUCUGUUGUACAGAUUUGGAAAGCAAAAGGUAAAAACCCUAGCGAGUCAUUUGAAUCUUUACAAAUAAGCUUUAAUUUUACAAACAUCACCACAAAUGCUUGUCUCUGAGUUUGACCCAAAAAACCACAAAGUACCUCCCUAGUGAAGCUAGUGUAGCUAACUGCACAGUGAUCUAGGUCCAGUGCAACCUUCCAGCCAAUCAAACCAGCAAGCAGUUUGUCCCAAUAUACAGUGCAUUGUUCUGCUUGAGUUGCAUUUCCUGAAGAUGAUGAAUGCAGAGUUAGCAUGACCUAUAAGUGAGGAAGGCCACAAUUCUGAGAAUAAGAACCAGGAGGAAAAAUGUCAAAGUUGAAGCUAGUUAGCGUCAUUUGCUACCGUUAGCCUGUCUUAAAUGGGUCUACAUCGCGGUGAUAGCGAUCAAAAUGAAAAGCAACAGGUGGACCUGUGAGCUCAGUACUCACAACAGGACUGUGUGGUUUGAAUCACAGUGAGGUACGGAGUGCUGAGGGGGCUAACAGAUUACGCACUCACCGUUUAGACUGUUUGAAUUCAAUUCUAAGCAAAUAAAUGACAGUAAACACAUUUUUAAUUAGUUUUAAAUUCAUUCCUACAGAACACCAGUGUAGAAAGUCUUGUCACUGCAGGAAAUUCCGAUUUUGACCAUUAAUGUACAAAACCGAUUUCCUGGCAGAACUGAAUUUCAGUUUGACUUUAAAUAAAAGUGAGCACGUUAUCGGGCAGUGUUUCAGUUGUGACAGAUGAUGAGCUGAAGACAAUAGUAGCUACCACUUCUUUGGGCCUCCGUACAUUUGAUUGUGAGGUUGAGCAUAAAAGUCCAUGUUGAUUUCAGUGUGUCACAGUGGUGUUGGUAUGGUGGGACCAAAGAAACUCAGUUGGACUUGGACUCUGAAUUGGACUUUGCUUCAGGUGUCACUUCAGUGUGGGGUUACAUAACUCGCCCUUUUCGCCUGUGAGUUCUAUUUUCUUUUCUGAACUACAGCCCUUUUACACAUUCAGUUUAUCACACCCAUUUUAUUGUGUUUUAUAAAAAGAGGGAUGGCACUGACAGUGUGGGCGCUUUCAUUUUAAAGCAAUUGUACUGUGAAUACAAGACUCGCCAAAGGAAUUCUGCCUCGGAGGACAAGAGAAGCUUUGUUAAAGGCUGUUAAAGAUGGAACUAACUGUAGAAUAAUUCAAACUAUUUGAUCAGUUUAUUUCUAGUUUCUUUUUACACACAGUUAUAUUUCACAGAAUUAUAUGAACUGUUAUUCUGCACUGCACUUAUUGGGGUCAAAGAAAUCUCACGCAUGUGUUAUAGUCAGCGGGGCACUGUGGGAUGAGUUGUUGUUUAAAUGCAUUUGUUCAGACGUUGCCUUAGGAUUGUUCUUGUACAGUUUUUCUCUCUGGGUUUAUUUUCUGAAUGCUUUUGAUUGAAGCCUAAUAGAAUUCCUGAAACAUUUCUCUGUAAUUUUAACAUGUACAGACUGCAGUUAUAUGCUUUUAGAAAGUUAAAGCAAAGUUUGUAGUA